AUGAACCUGCAUCCUGGCUCCCCCCUUAGACCUUGGAAAUCCCACCAGCAGUUUUGGAUCAACAGACUCAAGGAGAAGACUGGGAACACGGGACUCCAUGACUGCCGUCCCUGCAGUCGGCCCUGUGGCAGAGAGCGGGCAGGGCUGGGGGGGGGUAUGGGACGAGGAUCCCCAGCUCAGAGCUGCUCGCACCGACUGCUUCUCCGUGACUUUCAUAAACUGCACCUGCAAGUGGACACAUCACGCUGCUGCUCCGGGGACCUCCGGGCUCAAAGGGCGCAGCGCGGAGAGAAUGCGGCCCAGCGGCCCACGAGCCACGCCUUCCCCACGCUGGACCCUGCUGGGGGCAUCCUGGGAGCUCCCCGGAGUGCAGGAGGGGGGCAGGCGGCUCCUGAAAGUCAGGCUCCCCGCACGGUACUCAGGGCGGGCCACCUUAACCCUGCACAGAGGAAUGGGGCCCGGGACGCCCAGCGACGAGCCCGAGGCCACACGGCGAGCCAGCGGCCGGCUCGACCCCUGAUCCAGUUCCGAUUCUGUCAGUGUCUUUCCCUGCUCUGUACUGACGUUUCCUCCGCAUGA